AUGCCUCCUAGAACUAAAACCCAGACCUCGGGCCUGGGCAAGGCGCUCAAGAACCGCAAAGCUAAGGAAGCCGUGGCGCCCAAAGAAUCCCAACUGUACACCCUAGAUGACAACAACCCUCUCGCCUCGGUCACCCAUGAACGAGACCUCGAUGAAUUCCUCGCCAAUGCUGCUCUUGCCGACCAAGAUUUCACCACGGAGCGUAGUAAGAUGAGGAUCAUUUCUGCUCCCGGCAUGCCUGUCCCCGAAGGGAACCCAUUCCUGCUGUCGGCUGCUGAGGAGAAAGAUAUCGUGAAGAAGAAGGCGGCAUUCGAAGGCGGAUUGACAGUGCCGAGACGACCAUAUUGGACUCGACAGACUACGAGGCUGGAACUUGAGAAACAGGAGCGAGAGGCUUUCCUUGAAUGGAGAAGAGAGAUUGCCAAGCUUGCCGAAACAUCAAAUCUCCUUCUUACUCCCUUUGAGCGUAAUAUCCAACUCUGGCGACAGCUCUGGCGUGUGAUCGAGAGAUCUCAGUUGAUUGUGCAAAUCGUGGAUGCCAGAAACCCUCUGGGAUUCAGGAGUGUGGAUUUGGAGAAUUAUGUGAGAGAGAUUGGAAGCGAUGAGGGUGCGGAGGAAAUUACGGUCCCUGGGAAGGGACACAGAAGGAGUCUGCUCUUGAUCAACAAGGCGGAUCUCCUUACUUACGACCAGAGAUGCGCUUGGGCGGACUACUACGAGCGCCAUAACAUCUCCUACGCUUUCUUCUCUGCGGCCAACGCUGCCGCCCUGCAAGAGCAGGCGGAAAAGCAAAGGUUGAGGGCACUUGGAGAAUACCCCGGUGACCAACAAGAGAGCGAUUCGAGCGACGAGGAAGCCGAGAACUCUGUUGAGGAAGAUGACGAUGCCCCCGAGACCGAGCUUGCGCAGGACCUCGAUGAGACCCAUAUGGAUGACGAAGACGAGGAAGACUGGGCUAGCGACGAGGAUGACAAUGUCGAGCAAGGAAAGCUCGAGAAGACUCUGGUGGACGAAAAGCUCGAGAAGGGCGAGACUAUCCCUCUCGAGAAGGUUGCUCAGGAUGUUGGGGCCAAAUAUGGAGAAUCCACGGAAGAGGAAGAAGACAUCAGGACACGAGUCCUUUCUGUCACUGAGCUCGAAGACUUGUUCAUCAACUCUGCCCCCGGCCUCGAACACUUUGCCACCCCGCAGUACCCCAACCCUAAGCUUAUGGUUGGUCUUGUCGGGUACCCCAAUGUUGGUAAAUCGUCUACCAUCAACGCUCUUCUAGGCUCCAAGAAAGUGUCCGUCUCUGCCACUCCUGGUAAGACCAAACAUUUCCAGACCCUGGUCUUGUCCGACACUGUCACUCUUUGUGAUUGUCCUGGUCUCGUCUUCCCACAAUUCGCCGAUACUCAAGCCGACAUGGUAGUGGACGGUGUGCUGCCAAUCGAUCAAAUGAGAGAGUACUCUGCUCCGGUGACUCUACUUUGUAAGAGAAUACCUCGAGAGAUUUUGGAAGGAACGUAUGGUAUCAGGAUCGAUGUGAGGGAGGUGGAUGAAGGAGGUACAGGUGAGGUUGGGUGGGAAGAGUUCCUGUCGGCUUAUGCCAUUGCCCGUGGUAUGACCCGUUCGUCUUUCGGUAUGCCCGAUACGUCUCGAGCGGCUCGUUACAUCUUGAAAGACUAUGUCAUCGCCAAACUUCUCUACGCGCAUCCCCCUCCUGGAAUCUCUCCUGACGACUUUAUGGCGACCUCUCGCGAGGAGUCUAUCGCUCGUCUGGAAGAGGAGUUUGAGCAGGGACGAAAGCGAGCGCCGGUCAGCCAUGUGUCUCGCAAUGCCGACACCUACGUUGCUCCUGCUGGAUCACAGGGUGUGGAUGCUGCCAUGCCCGAAGAUGCGGUAGAGAAUGUCAAGCGCGAGCGACAGGCGACGUCAAAGCAGAUCAAAGCCAACGCUGCAUCGGCUCCUGCUCGGUCAGGCCGAGAAAGAAUCAGCGCUUUGGACAAUGUCUAUUUCAAUGAGGGCGGCCAGCAGCCUCGUCUCGUAGUCAAGGGGCGCAACCAGCCCGGUGAAUUGCAGGAAGGCGGUCAAGGGUUUUCGAGGAAGACCAUGUAUCCUCACCAGAGGAUGUUGGGGCCAGAUGGAAUGCCCAUCAUUGGUGCAGGGGACAAGGGAUCUGAGGGUGCCGAUAAUGGAAAGAGACAUUUCAAGAGAAAAGAGGGAAAGAAGAGGUCUGGUCGUGGUUAUGACUGA